CGACUGCGUUUCCGCCGCCUUGACACGUCGCAGCUUUGCAGGGAGUAGCUGGUGAGCGGCGGAGGGAGAGGAGGCCACCGCGCUGAGCUGCAGUAACGGCAGGGGAGGGCUUGGCUCUACCUACCUUCAGCGGAGGCGCACACACCCAAAAUAAAAGAGAUGGCCUAACCGCGUUGUGUUGUCAGUGGUUUAUCAGCUGUAAGCUACCCGGACCAGAGGGGUGUGAACGCCACACAUCAGGGCGCAGAGAUGAGUGUCACCUCCUGGUUCCUGGUGAGCAGUGGGGGAACUCGCCACCGACUCCCCCGAGAAAUGAUAUUUGUCGGGCGGGACGACUGUGAGCUCAUGCUACAGUCUCGGAGUGUGGAUAAGCAGCAUGCAGUCAUCAACUAUGAAGCUGGAACUGAUGAGCAUAAAGUCAAAGACCUGGGCAGCCUCAAUGGGACUUUCGUAAACGACGUUCGCAUUCAGGAGCAGAUGUACAUCACACUGAAACUUGAGGACAAGCUGAGAUUUGGAUAUGAUACCAACCUGUUUACGGUGGUGAGAGGAGAGCUCACCGUGCCUGAGGAGGCUUUAAAGCAUGAAAAGUUCACCAGUGGCCUCCAGUUUAGCAAGAAACCAGCCAACGGGGAAACCACUUCUAACACAACCUCUCGCAAGUCUCCGUCUAAAACCCCCACAAAGACUCAGAAGCCCCCCUCCAGCUCCGUGUCGGGGGAAAACCGGGCAGCAGAUGGGAUCACCUCCUCCAGGGAACCACCAGCCAAACAUGUGGACUCGGAGAAAGGAGAGGACAAAAUAGCAGAUGUGACGGCGCUGCCUCGUGGGACUCCGUUGUACGGCCAGCCGUCCUGGUGGGGAGACGGAGACGCAGACGAUGAAAACUCCUUCAAACAGGAAUCCAAGUCCUGUUCGUCCAAAAAACAGGACAGCUUCAUUUCAGAGGGCAAAGACGCACAUCGAGGAGGAAAAGAGGAUCUUCAUGCAUCCACGGCCCACGUUUCCAGUUAUUUUGAGAUUCCUAACAAGGACGGUCACAUGGCCAAUAAUGGCAUCCAUGAGAUUCCCACCAAGGACACAGACAGUGCAGCCGCUAACAGCCACGCUGCUGCAGCCGCACAGGGUCACGCCUCCUUCACUAUAGAGUUUGACAACACCUCUCCAGGGAAAGUCACCAUUAAAGACCACGUGUCAAAGUUCACUUCAGACCACCAUAGAUCACGCUCCAAGAGGAGUGGAGCGGGGAGUGGAGGAGCAAGAGACCUCAGCACGCUGCAAGCCGCCAUGGUGGCCUCAGAGACCAAGGUGGCUGAUUGGCUGGCUCAUAACGACCCCACGCUCGUCCGUGGAGACUCCACGGAGGAUGACAGCAAGAGCAUCAAGAGUGACGUCCCCGUCCAUCUGAAGAGACUCAAAGUAGGAAGUAAACACGAGGAUGGCACCCAGAGCGACUCAGAGAACGGACUGGGCCUUCGCUUCGCCAGUCGACGCCACGCCCUCGAGGAACGCCUGAAAACGGCACAUGGCCACACCGCGGGAGCAACGGGAACGGCGGUGGGGAACACAACCGUGGGCGGGGCCAGAGCGACUGGAACUCGCACGGCUUUCAUGAUCGAGUUUUACGACGAGGAAAACCCUCGCAAGCGGCGGUCGUAUUCCUUUUCCCAGACGGCGCCGCUGCUUCCGGGAGGCGCUGGAGGCGAGGGCCUGUGUCCUCAGCCGCCCUCGCACCCAAAGGUGUUCAGCAUCUCCACGUCUGCCACUACAGCCUCAGAAUCAGGUAAAGUCCCAGCUCCAAUACCAGCAACGGUGACCGUUGGCGCCCCGACAGCGGCCCGAGUUCUCCUCAAGCAGAGGUCCGAGGAUCCCAGCAUAGGUCGGAGCUCAGCCAGCACCGGACUGGCGACCGGCAGCCCCACCACCCCCAGUGAGGACGCCUCACUCCUCAGCAGGGAAGCUCGUCCUGCUGGUGGAGAAGCGGAGGACGAUCACAGCGAUAAGGGGACCUACACCAUCGAGCUGGAGAACAGCAAUCCGGAGGAGGAGGAGGCCAGACGCAUGAUCGACAAGGUGUUCGGGGUCCAGGAUAAGACGGAGAACUCUGUUUUAUCAGAGCUGAAAAAGACAGGAAAAGGAAAGGAGUCGACCGUACCUGGAAAAGAGGCUCUCACCGGUGACUCGAGCUGGGUUUCUCAGUGGGCCAGCGUAGCUGCCAGUCACACCAGGAUGGACCCGGAGGGUUCUGGAGCAGAGGCAGCAAAUUUCAUCCACAAAGAGAGAGGAACUGAAGCCUUUGAGUCUGGAGCCGCCCUCACCAAAGGUGAAUCUUCCUCCAGCUCGACUGAACGUAAAUGCAGGACCCUCCCCCAGCUUCCCGUGGAUGACCCCCAGUCCAAAUCCAGCUCAAAAGCUGCCAGAUCUGACAUAGGGGAGAAGCAGGACACCGAGCCGCAGGAGAAAGAAAACAAGGGAGACGGCGAGUCUCCGAUUCCUAUGGAGGACACGGUGAUGAUCAGUAAAUGUAAACAGAGUCCCGCCUCGUCUCCAUCCAAGAGUCCUUACCGAAGCUCGGGUGGAACGGAAAGAAGGAAGAGAUCAGAGGAGAGGAAAGGAGGAGGAGAAGAAGAGAAGGGUGGGAAACCUCUUGUCCGGCAGGGCAGCUUCACCAUUGAGAAGCCCAGCUCGAAUGUCAACGCUGAGCUCAUUCCUCGCAUAAACAGAGGCGCGAGUGGACGCGAGCGCAGUGACUCUGUGGGCAGCAUGGACACUGCAACGCUGCUGAAGGACACUGAAGCCGUCAUGGCCUUUCUAGAGGCCAAACUGAGGGAUGAGAACAAACUGAGCCAGAAAAGUACCAAAGCUCAGGCUCCUGGACUCCCGUCUCGGACCGACUCCAUCUCCCCUGAAUCGGACGUGGACACGGCCAGCACGGCCAGUCACGCCGCUGGAGAAGCGGAGGGUAAAGCAGCAGCUGGCGGCAUGCAGAAAAGGCGCUCUCUGAGCAGCAUGCACCGAGAGAAGAGCAACAUGAGCACCUCAUCCAAGACCAGCACCUUAAACGCGAGCGCCCGUGAACGCUUGGAGAGGAAAUCCAAGAGCCGAACGGCUGAAGCAACAUCUCGAACUGAUGCCCGCCGCUCUACUCAAGCGUCCACAACAUCCUCUAGAGCUCAGCAGCCUUCUCUAGAUCUCACUGACGAUGAUCAGACCUCUUCCUUCCCCAUAUCUGACAUCCUUUCUUCAGAUCAGGAAACCUAUUCUGGACCUUUGGGGCACUCUGCACUCCGACGCGGCUCAGAAGAUGUUCUCUAUUCUAAAGCUGACAGCAGAACUGGUAAAACCUCAGCAAGCGGUUCUUCCAAACCCAGCCGGACUCUUCAGGCAGCCACAACCUCCUCCCUGAACAAGCAGGCCUCCCUGCCUCAGCCACGGCCCACCAGGGCCUCCCUCCUUCGCCGCGCUCGGCUCGGCGACACAUCCGACACAGAUCUAGCCGAUGCAGACCGGGUUUCCGUGGCAUCUGAGGUCUCCACCACCAGCUCUACCUCCAAGCCGCCGAGCGGUCGGAAGGGAAUGUCACGGCUCGACUUGCUGGCUCAGCCGCGGAGAAACCGACUCGGCUCGAUAUCAGCUCGCAGCGACUCCGAAUGCACAACCACGCGAAGCUCCACCUCCUCAACGCGCCUGUCCGCUGAGACCGCUCUACGCCUCGGCCUGCGCUCCUCAGCACCUUCAGAGAACAGACUGACUCCCAGGAUGAGAGCCAACAGCGUUUCCAAACUGAACGAGGCCAAGAGUAAGACCACGACAGCGGGAUACUGCUCACCCACAGAGAGCUUUCAGCCUGAACCUGCAGCUGCUGAUGCAGAGGAAGAGCUGAUGGUGUCCAGCAGCAGUCGGUGGAGGCGUUUGCCCCCGGAGUACGGCUCCACCUCCGAGGAAGAGUUUGGAUCCAGCAGAAAUUCCCCCAAGCACGGACCUCGACCCCACUCGCGGCCCCAUCACCUGGUACCUCACCGCAGCUCCAGACUCGGCUCCACCACCAGCUCGGGCGCAGUGGCAUCCGCAACCGGCGGAGCGGGGAUCAAGUACCGCAUGAAGGAGCAGGAGGAGUACAUCAGGGACUGGACGGCACACAGCGAGGAAAUAGCCAGGUUAUUCCCCUGUGUGCGCAGGAUCAGCCAGGACUUGGCUAAAGACUUGGCUGUCCUGGCCCGCGAGAUCCACGAUGUGGCAGGCGAGAUUGACUCGGUCAGCUCGUCUGGCACGGCGCCCAGCACCACUGUCAGCACGGCGGCCACCACGCCGGGAUCGGCCAUCGACACCCGGGAAGAGGUAGGCCCAGCACGUGCUGUGCAGCCGGACAUACAGGAGAGCAUGAAGAAGCUGGUGGAUCGAGUAUUCGAUGAGAGUCUGAACUUCAGGAAGAUCCCACCUGUUAUUUCCACCAAGAAGGCGCCAGAGAUCAACGGUAAACCCGUGGAGCAUCGGCCGCAAGCUCCUGACAGCGCAGAGCCCCGAGCCUUAAGGAGACGCACCUGGAAUCGAGAGGAGGCGGUGUUGGACAGCUUACUCAUACAUUCAGUGUCUCAGCUCUCAACCAAGAUCAGACACUCUGUCGACAAAACAGCAGGAAAGAUCAGGAUUUUGUUCAAGGAUAAGGACAGAAACUGGGAAGAAAUUGAGAGUAAGCUGAAAUCAGAAAGUGACGUACCACUUCUUAAAACCUCAAACAAGGAAAUCUCCUCCAUUUUCCUUGAGCUGAAAAGAGUAGAGAAGCAACUCCAAGUGAUCGACGUGAUGGUAGAUCCAGACGGAACUUUGGACGCCCUGGCGAGCCUCGGCCUGACCACCCCGACCACUCCAACCAGACCGACGUCUGCUAAAACGUCCCCCACCAGCCCGGGAUCGGCCCCUCCAGCCAAAGAGCCUCUGCCAGAAAUCUCUUGUGGACCUCGGAGUUCAGCAGCCUCCUCCAAGGGUCCAGCUUCUUCUUCUGAAGUGAACGCACAAGGCGUCUGCGCGGGUUUGGGCUUAGCGGGAGUCGGAGGACUGCCCUUCAGCCGCAUGCGACCGAGCGGCGAGGAGGCGAUCGCACAGAAAUGAGCAGCACCUUUACAGGAAACUUCUAACAAGCCUGAAAAAAGAAAAAAAAUGUUUUUAAAAAAUACAGCGGCCAUUCUGACAGUUUUAUUACUCAAGUAUAAUUACUUCUUUGCGUCACUCUCCAAUACUCGACUGUUUCUUGUACAUAUCAGCCACCAUAGGUCCUAACAAACUGACGAUAACUUCUUUCAUGCUUGCUAUCCUUCUUUUUGCCUUCUUCACGUGUCUGGACCCUUCCUGCACUAAGGACAUGCCUUAAGAAAAACCGUAGCAGCUGAUCUCCCCAUGCAAGAGUGUCAAACCAUAAGCUUUGAUUUUAAACCCACUGCAAUAAUUGAUAUGCUGCAAAGAAUGUUCUGUCAUCAAGGAACCACUGACAUGCUUUAAGCCCUGAAAUGUUUAGUUUUUCCUGUGUGCUCCUGCUGCAGUAGCAUGUACAGGUUACAGGGAUGCUUCUCACUAGAAAACAUGUUUUGGAGCCAAAAACAGGACUUUUUAUCUCUUUUUGAGUCAUGAGAAGUUUUAAAGUUACAGUGAAAAAUUAUGUUUGUAUUUGUUUUGUUUUAUACGUUAUUUUUUAAGUUCCUAAUUGGCUGUUUUUAUUUUUUUUUUUUCAUUUUACUGUUAAAGCUAAAUGUUUAAUAAGACAAUUUUAAACUUUUUAGGGAUUUGCUUUAGCAGAUUUGUAUUUUUUUGUACACAAAAACGGCUAAAAAUCAUUUUUAUGAAGGUGCCAUGAAACAAAGCAGCCUACAAAAAGAUUUAUUGAUAAAAAAAAUGUUUUUUUUUAUUAUUUUCACCCUUCGCUUUAUACGUUUUCAUUGAUCAGUGUAAAUACUAAUCUUCUUUUCCAGUCAGGAGGAAGCUCCAAUCUCCAUUUUCCCUUAAACUUUGAUGCCUACAUUAUUUCCUAACCUCUCUGCAGAAGUCUGUGUCUAGACUAGAGUAAGACUACGUAAAGACGGUGUAUUUGUUUCUAGAAAUUAGUGGAUUUAGGUACCAGAGUAAGUGUUCGUUCCCUUCUCAUUCAACGUUUAUUCUUUUGCCUCAAAGUGCCCGUAUUCACUCUGUAAGGGCAUUAUUGAUGAAGGUUAUCACAAACAUGUUGCACAUCAAGCUGGGGGAAAAUGAAGUAACGGUCUGCGUCGGGUGAUGCUAUCGCCUGAUUUCAGACGUCUGAAGUGAUUCUCCGUCAAUGAAGCCUCUAAAUAUUUUUGUCUCAUGUUUCUAAGGAAAGCCUGUGAAUGCUAGGUACAUGUUUUCUUUUUGUUUCAUCAGAUCAGUGUUGUCAUUUGUUUUUCCUAUUUUUGUAAAGAAAUUUUACCAUUUUAUUUAUUUUUGUUUUGUGGAUGUUUUAAUGCAUUUUAUAUUUGAAUAUCCACGUUAUUGGUAAUAAAACGAGCCGUUUCAGUUGUCGUCAAGAGAA